AUGGAGCCAAGGCGACACUUCUACCGGCUAUGUAAACAGUACCAUUCAUCUGUUUGCAUACCACAGUAUUCAUCAAUUGCAGGAAUAUCAUAUACAAGGCCAUGCGUGCGCACUAUAAAUGAUCUUCGGUCUCGCUCAGAACCCCUAGUCUUCCCCAAUUCAGGAUGGGAGAACAUCGACCCUUCUUUCCUGGUUGAAGAAGAAAAUGUUCCCACUUAUGAGCCCGAGAAGUUCUAUCCAGUACGUAUUGGUGAGGUUUUCAACCAUCAGUAUCAGGUGGUCGGCAAGCUUGGCUAUGGAUCAACUGCGACAGUGUGGUUAUGCCGUGAUUUACUGCCAGUCAUGUCUGCGAUCGUUCGGAAUCCUGAUGGGCAUAGAAAUCAUACAUGCCUGGUGCAUCCGCCGCUGGGCAUAAGCCUCGACCAGCUCAUGCCACUCCUCCCUGGUAAGGUCAUGAGCAGCUCUAUGGUGAGAACAACUAUGCGAAAUAUCCUCGCGGCUCUAGACUUCCUUCAUACCGAAGCACACGUCAUACAUACAGCGGAGGUUGAAGGUCCUGUACCCCGAAAGUCUCUCUCAGAUCGUACAAUCUACGUCUCACGACCACUCCCUAUUUCCUUUGGCACCCCUGUGCUCUGUGACUUGGGCGAGGGUCGAUUGGGGGUAGACAAUCAAACGGUGGAUAUCAUGCCUGAUAUCUAUCGCGCACCGGAAGUCAUCCUGAAUAUGAACUGGGACAACAAGGUUGACAUUUGGAACGUCGGGAUGGUGCCGAAGAUUUGGGAUCUUUUCGAACAUCGUCACCUUUUCAAGGCCCGAAAUGACGAGGGAAAGCUGGAUGAUGGACAGCAUUUGGCAGAAAUGCAAGCUGUUCUAGGAAGGCCUCCUGCAGAGUUUCUCGCCCGAAGCGCGAAGUCGCCCCAAUUCUGGGAUGCCAACAAUUUAAGUAGUCCAGUUCCAAUUUCGGAUUACGAUCUCGAGACUUUGGAAGAAAGACUUGAAGACGGCGAAAAGGAGGAUUUUUUGCGAUUCCUCAGACGCAUGCUUUGCUGGUUGCCGGAAGAAAGAGCUACUGCAAAGGAGUUGUUGUUUGAUCCUUGGUUGAUGCACGGUCUUUUCAAAUAA